AUGGAAACUGACAGUGGAAAGCAAAAGAUAAUGGAAGAAAGCACUGAGAAAAAAAAAGAUGUAGAGAAAAAGAAACGGUCUCGGGUUAAACAGGUGCUUGCAGAUAUUGCUAAGCAAGUGGAUUUCUGGUUUGGGGAUGCUAACCUGCACAAAGACAGAUUUCUACGAGAGCAAAUAGAAAAAUCUAGAGAUGGAUAUGUUGAUAUUUCACUUCUGGUGUCUUUUAAUAAAAUGAAGAAGUUGACUACGGAUGGGAAGUUGAUUGCCAGAGCACUGAAAAGUUCAGCUGUUGUAGAGCUGGACUUAGAAGGCACCAGAAUCAGGAGAAAAAAGCCUCUGGGUGAAAGACCAAAGGAUGAGGAUGAGCGUACAGUGUAUGUGGAGUUACUUCCCAAAAAUGUUAAUCACAGCUGGAUUGAAAGAGUAUUUGGGAAAUGUGGCAAUGUGGUUUAUAUAAGUAUACCACAUUAUAAAUCUACUGGAGAUCCAAAGGGAUUUGCCUUUGUGGAAUUUGAAACAAAAGAGCAAGCAGCAAAAGCUAUUGAGUUUCUUAACAACCCACCGGAAGAAGCGCCAAGAAAACCAGGCAUAUUUCCCAAGACAGUGAAAAAUAAGCCUAUUCCAGGAUUAGGAGCAGCUGAGGAAAAGAAAAAGAAAAAGAAGAAGAAAGGCCGGAUUAAGAAGGAAGACAAUGUGCAAGCAAAAGAAUUAAAUAUGGACACAAGCAACGAGAGCAUCUGUAAAAUGAAAAGGUCAAGGACAGCAUCUGAGGGCUCCGAAACGGAAACAACCCCUGAACCUCAAAAGCAGCCCACAAAGAAAAAGAAAAAACGGGAAAGAGAAGUGACCAGCUUACCUGAAGGCAAAACAGGGAAAAGAAAGCGAAGCGGUUCUGAAGAUGCAGAGUGCUUAGCUCCCAGAUCUAAAAAGAAAAUGGCUCAAAAAGACAUUAAAAAGGAAGCAUCCGAAAUUUCAAAAGAAAACAGAGACUUAGAAUUCUCUACAGAAGAGGAAAAGGAUGGUGGAGAUAUAAAAGAUGGUUCUCUACUAAAAACAAAGAGAAAGCAUAAGAAAAAACAUAAAGAGAGACAUAAAAUGGGAGAAGAAGUUAUACCGUUGAGAGUACUGUCUAAGAGCGAAUGGAUGGAUUUAAAAAAAGAGUAUUUGGCACUACAAAAAGCCAGCAUGGCUUCUUUAAAAAAAACUAUAUCCCAAAUAAAAUCAGAAUCAGGAAUGGAGACAGACCAAGGAGUUCCUAAUAACUAUGGAAUGGGAAAUGAAAAAGCCUGCAGUCAAGAGAAUCACCCUCAGGAGAAGGUUAAUGCUCAAGGACCACAGUUUGUGAGUGGAGUGAUUGUGAAGAUCAUUAGCACAGAACCUCUACCUGGCAGAAAACAAGUUCGGGACACUUUGGCCGCAAUCUCAGAAGUUGUUUAUGUUGAUUUGCUAGAAGGAGAUACAGAAUGCCAUGUCAGAUUUAAAACUCCUGAGGAUGCUCAAGCAGUAAUGAAUGCAUAUACUGAAAUUAAAAAAAAGCACUGCUGGAAACUCGAGGUCCUUUCUGGUGAUCACGAACAGAGGUAUUGGCAGAAGAUUUUGGUAGAUAGACAGGCCAAACUUAAUCAGCCUCGGGAAAAGAAAAGAGGCACUGAGAAGCUAAUCACCAAAGCUGAGAAGAUCAGACUGGCAAAGACUCAACAAGCAAGUAAACAUAUUAGAUUUUCUGAAUAUGAUUGAGAAAAAUCAAAGUUCACCUCUUAAUUUCACUGAAUUCUUAAACCAUUCUUGGAAAAUCCAUUUUUAUUAUGCUAAUAUUACCUAAUGAAUGUAUUUCUAAAAUCUGCAUUUAAUUAAAAAGAACCUUUGUUCCUUAACUUGUAAAUAAAAGACAUUUUUUCUAGAGAGAGGUGCGUUGUAUACCACAAUGUAUCAUUAAAUAUUUGUUGAAGUUACAUAA